UUCAUGAGAUAUUUUGCUAACAGACACUGAYAUAAACAGUAACUGUCGCCUUCUUUUCAGCAGUUUGAAUACAUAUCUGUCAUUAGGGGUUUAAAUGAUUUCACGAGGGAAAAGACUAUUUGAAGUGAUGGGGCUGUUUCCUAUUUCAGAUGAUUCGAUGAAAAAAGAAAAGCUUUUGUCUUGAUGUGGAUGGAAUUUGCUUUUUGUCCACCCUCCGAGUCAUAUGACCAAGUCAGCAGCUGCAGACUCAGCAAGGAGGAGGCAAACCUCCACAUUCUGAUCCCAUCCCAUGGAAACUCAGCAGGGACUCUCGUUUCUCAGACUUAAAUACCGUGAUUCUUUGCGGAACUGAAGAAUAUAUUUGCAUGUUUUUUUUYCCCCCCUCCCCUGUUGAGGUAAAACCAAAAUACAUAUAAAGAAAACCUAACUGCUUUUGUCGCAGCUGCAUGAUAUUUGCAUCGAGACUCGUUUUCUGGGCACCAAAAAACGCAUGAAGCGCGCAAAAACGACAAGUUUGGUUUUGGCACACUUUUACGCGCCGGAUCGUUGCGCGCGUCGCCAAGCAAAGCGCCGGGGCGUCGUUUUUUUUCUUCCCGCUGCACUAAAAAUACUGCGCAGACUCCAUCUUUGAACGUUUCCAGUAAGUUUCGAGUCGUUUAAACGUUUGCAAGAAAAUCACGUCAUUAUUCUGUCAAACGACUCCCACUCUUUCCUCCCUGUUGGACUAUCAUCUGAAGAGUUCAGGGGAAAAAAAAAACCUGGUCAAAAGACUUCAUCAUGAUGACCGGAUUUCGACUCAACUUGUCCCCCCUGAAGGAGCCCCUGGGCUUUAUCAAGCUGGUAGAGUGGCUGACGGCCAUAUUUGCGUUUGGAAGCUGCGGCGGAUUCUCGGGGAGGAACAUUAUAACUCUCCUCUGUGGCGAUGGCUCGAACCAAACACUCAACGCCAACUUCCACUACCCGUUUAGGCUGAGCCAAGUCCCGCUGAUUGAAGGAAACGCCACAAUCUGUAACCACUCGGUCACCACCACACACAUGAUGGGAGACUCGGCAUCUGCAGUGGAGUUCUUCGUCGGCGUUGGUGUCGUUUGUUUCCUGUACAGCAUGGUAGCUCUGCUGGUUUACUUAGGCUACAUGCACGUCUACAAGGACUCUGACUUUGGACCAAUUUUUGACUUUCUCAUCACGUCCAUCCUGGUUUUCCUGUGGUUAGUAUGUUCGUCUGCCUGGGCAAAAGGCCUGCAGAACGUGAAGGACGCCACGAACACGGAAGGAAUCAGCUCCACGUUGGCCGUUUGCAAGGGCAGCAACRUCACCUGUGAGGUGACGGAGUUCGCCAACAUGCGGACCCUCAAUAUAUCUGUGGUGUUUGGCUACCUCAACAUGUUUGUGUGGGCUGGCAACGCCUGGUUCGUSUACAAGGAGACUCGCUGGCACUCUCAGAAGCUUUCGUCUCAACCCGGACCUGGAAGGCAGCAGGUCCCUGCGCCCAUCUAACGAACAGUAAACUCAGAUUCACACAAACAUCAACACGCACACAAGUCCAGCUGACACCGCUCAUUCAGAUAUCCAACUCUGACAUGUUUCGAAGCAUAUAAAUAAAAUAUUUUUAAAGAUGAUGAAGACAAAGUGAAGGUUCAAAUGGUGGAAACGUCUUAGUAGAAGAUUAAACAGACCAACACCAUGAAGCAUAAUAAAAUGAUUUUUAGCAGGUUGUUCCUUAUAUCUUUWAAGAGGCUCUAAGGAUCUUAUAGAGAAACAUUUCAACUUUAAACCCUGUUAUGUGAUGAAGUUCUUUAAACCUGUGGUUCUAGACCUACAAAAUAAAAGCUCCUGACAAAUACAAACAUUGCUUGGAAGCCAUUCAACAAAGAACCUCGAACAUUUURUACCUUAAACUGUAUGCAUUUAUGACCAAUAAUUUUAUUUCUUUGUAGAAGUUAAAGUUAAAGAGGUUGUUAGCAAUCAUUUUUAAAGUUAAUUAGAUUUCUGUAUCUUUUCAUGACCCCAAAUAGGGUCCUGAACCCCACUUUGAGAACYCUUUUUAAGCCAUAUUACCAGUUUUAGAUGCUUUUCAUAAGAAAAACAUACAUACUUACAAUUUUAUCACAUUCGGRAAGUUUUUAUCUUAAGUUUAAAGAUGCAAGAGUGUAAGUCAAAUGUUAUUUUUAUUAUUUUUCAAUGAAAUAAAUGCCUGUUGUAUUUAUCGCCUCCUAGUGGCAGAUGGCUGCAACUGCAACAACACUCAUGGAUUCAGCCGUUUUUUGAUAAGUAUUUAAUUUUUAGGAUGGAUGGUUUUUAAACUCAAAUAUCAGGAAUGUAGUUACGCUUGUGGUGCUUUAUAUAAUUUUGUAAUUUUUUUGAGUAUAAACCCAUGAAGGAUACUUAAUAAUGAUUAAGUCCAGGAAGAAGAAAAGCUGCUGGACRUGCAGCCACACCAUCAAUCAUGGUACCAGUUAAAAAAACAGAUCCUCUCUACGCCAAAGCAAACAUUUAUUUUGCUCAGUUUUAGCUCAUUUCUUAAGUUUAUUUUCUUAAUUCUUCAUGUGACACCAAACAGCGAUCUGGUUAUGUGUUUAUGAAUAGUAUUUUUAUUGUGUUUUUUUAGUUUUAGUAUAAUGCAUUGUCAAGUUUGCAUAGUUUUUUUAAAUUUUCUUGUUUUAUGAUGUAAUUUCCUUUAGCUUUAAUUGAAGUAGAAGUGAAAUGUGUUUGUAGUAUGCUGGUUAUGCUUCCUCUGCUGUUGUAACCAUCAUCCAAUGAGCUGUUUUUUUAUUAUUGUUAUGUGUUUAACUUGCAGGCUUGUCCUGGCAAAGAGACGUCCACUGUCUUUCAUAAUUUCAAUGUGCUUUUGCAAUAAAUAAUGUUUUCUUUAUUCAGUGAGCAUCUUUUGUAUGUGACAGUUUGUGUACUUGUGUAAAUGAAGUCUUUCAUUUUUUAAAAAUAAAAUGUUGUAUUUCAAAACACAAAACCAA